CCCAUAUCUUGCACGGUAUUGAUGAGGAUAGCCGGGGUAUAGUCUUGGCCCAAGACGGAAGAACUCGAUAGCGGACUCGAUCGAGCAUAUGAAUCGAGUUCUGCCGUCUUGGCCCAAGACUAGCCGGGGGCCGUCCGGCCAGCUGGGGCGGCGCGACAAGGUGGUGGAUUUAAAGGCCACUGUUAUCACUGGUUCUCUUCUCACGAUGUUUCGAGCACACUCGAAAAAAGGCUGCGGAAUACCAGCCAAAGUCUGUUUGUAAAUGGUAAAUGCACUUACGCUACGGACCUAUCCUGAUACACACGACAUACCAUCCGCAUUCAUCGUGGUAAAUUUGCUCAACAAGCUGAUGAAAAGAUAAAUUCCAAAAUGGCUGUCACUGACGGGCCUGCUGUGAAAGAAGAAGAAAUAAAUGCCUUGACGAGGGAGGCUGAAUCGCUCAAAAUUAAACUUGAAGAGGAAAGACGAAAGCUCAAUGAUGUUGACUUGAUGGUUGUGGCAGAGAAACUUGACACGUUACCACAACUCAACUUGAAACCCCGAAGGAUUCUUAAAGGUCAUCAGGGGAAAGUACUGUGUUUAGACUGGGCUAGAGACCAUCGACAUAUGGUAACGUCAUCGCAGGAUGGCAAAAUCAUAGUAUGGGAUGCAUUCACUACAAACAAGGAACAUGGUAUCACCAUGCCAACGACCUGGGUCAUGGCUUGUUCAUAUGCUCCAUCGGGCACCAUAGUAGCUUGUGGGGGACUAGAUAACAAAUGCUCUGUGUACCAGCUGAGCCAAGAGGAGGAUUUGUCAACAAAGAAGAGAGCGGUUGCCAUGCAUACCAGCUAUGUGUCCUGCUGUACAUUCAUGAACUCUGACCAACAGAUCUUGACAGGAAGUGGUGACAGUACCUGUGCAUUGUGGGAUGUUGAGAGUGGUCAGUUGUUACAGAGUUUUCAUGGUCAUAAUGCCGAUGUCAUGGGUUUGGAUAUAUCUCCUUCUGAAGCAUGCAACACGUUCGUAUCAGGGGGAUGUGACAAGCAAGCCCUAGUGUGGGACAUGCGUACAGGGCAGUGUGUUCAAUCCUUCGAUGGUCAUGAGUCUGAUAUCAAUGCUGUCAGGUUCUUCCCCAGUGGAGAUGCCUUUGCUUCAGCAUCCGAUGAUGCAGGCUGUCGUCUGUAUGAUCUGAGAGCUGAUCGUGAAAUCAACUGUUAUGCCAAGGAAUGCAUCAUCUUUGGAGCAACUUGUCUAGAUUUCUCUCUGAGUGGACGGCUGCUCUUUGUAGGAUACAAUGACUAUUCAGUCAAUAUCUGGGACACCCUGAAGGGCUUGCGUCUGACCAUGCUGUAUGGACAUGAGAACCGUAUCAGCUGUCUGCGGACUUCACCAGAUGGAACAGCGCUGUGUACAGGGAGUUGGGACUAUACACUGCGUAUCUGGGCUUGAAGUGAUUACAGUGUCAAAUGGUCAAUGUCAAAUGGCUAAUGUCAAACGGCCAAUGUAAAACGGUCAGUGUCAAAUGGCUAAUGUCAAAUAGUCAGUGUCAUAUGGCCAAUGUCAAAUAGUCAGAUGCAGUUGAAAUAAGUACCGUUGAUAUAACCAUAUUAUCGAUAUGGGUUUGAUAUCAAUAUCGCCGAUGUUAGUCAUUUUUUGAUAUUGAUAUAUCGAAAAUAUCAGAUUUGGAGAAAUAUUGAAAAUAUCAAAACUUCAAAAAUAUCGAUAUUGAAAAUAUAUCGAAAAUUUAUAUAUAAAAAACACAGAAGUGCAUCGUCACAUAACUGUAAUUUUCGAUACGCCAUGGCUAACGUUGGUGCUCACGCCGAGUGAAUAAUGUCCCUGUAGCUUAUACUCUGGGCGGCUUAUAUGGCGACAUUUGAAGAAUAAAUUCAGUCACCUAUCUCAGUCUAGCACUCGGUAAUUCGAGUACACUUUGCCUCAAAAAUAUCACCAAAUUUAUCCUCCAAAGCAGAGAAUUAUUUGCUAACCAAAUAUACGUAGAUUAGCAUCACAUGCUGAUGAUAUCGCUAUGCACGGCAGCGUGUAUCCCAUCCCAUGUAGGCAACAUACGGACACUAGAACAUGCCGUCAAAGUGAAUUGGAUCACACCAUUAGUGUGGGGGGGUGUACCCUUAGAACAAUUUACCAGCAUUUCACGCCUAAUAUAAUAUCUUGAAAAUUAAAAUGAAUAAACUUCAAUGUAUCAAUAUUAAAUAUUGAUAUAAAAACGGAUACAUCGGUAUCGGCCAAAAUAUGAUAUCGACGGUGCCUAAGUUGAAAGCAAAGCAAAGUUCUUGACGUUAAAACUAUUUCACCUGAACCCUGAUAAACUUGCUCCACUUUAAUGUGUGCAUGUGGAUUGACCUUAUGGUGAUGUUAAAUAGACAAGUACUGUGGCUUCUCUAAUCUAUUUAUAGUGGUUUAAAUUAUUAAGUUAUUAUGCAUCUUUCUUGCCGAAGGUAGCAGUUCAAAUUAUUUUUCCCCAAAGGAGUCAGUAGUUUGUCUCGUACAGGCUCUUGUAUUUUUCACCUUUCAUUGAAAUUACUGUCUAUUUGUCUUUUAUGAUGGCAAAUUUGGGAUUUCAAAGUUUCAAACCAGGAAUAGCCCCCAAAUAUGGAUGUUAUGAACUGACCUAUGCCAGUUAAUUUGCCAAGCUUAAUCAGAAACAAAUGGGUCCCUGAGGCAAGGAAUUUGGUCAACAGAUAUUGAACAAUCUUAGAAAUAUAGAACAGGAUCAGUUCAUUUGCAUAGGCUGGUACCAUUGCAAUCUACAGAGUACCCUGCUAUUUGGUAGGAUCUUUACUACAUGGAAUUAAUUCCUGGCUUGGAUUCCCAGCAGCAUGAUCUCAUUAUCACAUCAGGUUGCACCUCUUUGUUAUUAGGUGACAUUUCUGACAAGACAUGCGCUGAGUAGGAAGCAAUGAAUUACAUACACUGUGGUGUUUAAUGUCUGCCUUGUAAAUCAAAGUGUCAGAGAAGUACAUUCAUCUUCAUUUAGCCGACUUCAGAAAACCUUGUAGCACCCUCAUGCUGAGUGCUAUUACAUGAAUUCACUAGUACAAAAGUUGGUUGGCAAACACAAUUUGUUGCUGGCAAAUGCUGUAUAGAUGCAUGCUAAGGAAUAUUUGAUAAGUGUUGCAUGCAUUCAUUAGCUAAUUUAAGUGUGGUUAUAAAACCACUCAUAUAUUUUAUAAACCUGCCUAUUGUGGGAAAGGGGGGUGGUCUUGAGAUCUAUCUUUGUGAAUAUUAAAGCCAAAGGAUAUAUUCAUGUAAAACUUUUUAAUUGUAUUCAAAAACUUGCACAUACAAAAACAUAUCAACUAAAGUUGAGCUAAAUUUGCUACAUUUGUCACUUUUGUGUCAUUCUAUCUACGAGGGAACAUUAAAAUAUCUGAUAAUGUCUGGUUUCUAAUUGAAAGAAAAUUACAGUGCAAUACAAAACUUAAUUCAUAAUUUGAAUUAAAAAUGAGGAAAAGGGGCCAACAGUUUUGAGUACCAAUAUUGUGGUUGACUGAAAUGACUAGGAAAGAAGAAAUAACAAGUGGAAGAUAUGAUUUAUAGAAAAUUGUCAUUGGCAAAGAAAUUGUCAUUGGCAGUUAAUUAAAAUAUAAGAUCAAAUGGUAAAGGCUAGUCCAUUGUCCAUGGAUACUCUCUUCAUAUCUUCAAUGCUGAGAAAAAUUCCAUUGUAUUCAAUGACCAUACUGUUCCACAAUUCAAGCUGAAUCCAAAUCAUUCAUUACUUCAUUGCUGCAUAUGACAAACAUUGCUGUUGUAUGCCAACACUUUGCUGAUCAUGUGAUAUGUUCAUGAUGACAUAAGGUGCUUACACCAAUUGUGAUCUUGAGGGUCACAGAAAUAAAGAGUCGCAGCUUAUCUGGGUGAAGGAACUUUGGAUGUAGGAUGAUAGGAAACCAAAAGUUCCGUAUUAACUUUCCCUUUCUUGUCAACCUCAUAUUAGUAGUCCUCUUGAUGUCAAGAAUUAUCAUUAUUGUCACCGAAGAGGUGCUGUGUUAAAAACAGUCAACCAACGCUAAUUAUUAAAAUUGAUAUAUUCAGAUUGGGAUUCGAACUCGUGCUUGUAACUUUUCAGAAGGAAGCUUACUACCAUUGGCAUAAAUUGAAAUAGAGAAAUAUUACUUGAAAUAUAGAAGGACCAAUUUCUUGUUUCAAAUUUAUGUUUCUUUAUCCGAGAUUGGAUAGAAGGUUAAUUAUUGCCUCGUCGCAGCCUAGUGAAGAAAGAAGGAAUUUAUUAACAAAUUUGUUAAGAUGUUUAAAGGGUGCAUGGAUAAAGUUUAAUCUUUAAAUUUUUAAUUUUGUUGUAGCUCUUGCCUAAUGUAUAAAAAUAAAUUGAUUUUAUUUUAUAAUUUGCACAUAAAUGUUAGACUAAACUCAAGUCAUAUUGUAUUUUAAAAUAGUUAUGUUGUCAAAUGUACAUAUAUCUCGGCUCAUCUGCUAUCCACGUAAAUAAAUAAGUUAGUAUUUGUCAAAUAACAAGCUAGUAAAGCAAUAUUUGGCAUUUUGCACCAUUCAAGGAAAUUUAAAUGUAAAAAAAAAUAAAGAAUACUCUUGUAAGUGUAGAUAAGCUUUUUUGGGGGGGAGUUGACAUCUCAAAAGUGUACAAAUGUCCCCCUUCUGAAUGCAAAGGUGGGUAUAUCUGUUAUUAAACUUCACGCAGUGUAGAUAAACUGACCCAGGAAAUAUUUGAAUGAAUUUAGAAAACAAGUACAUAUUUUAGUAAAUGAUAGAUUCUGAAUUGUUAGUUUGGUUUUAAUUAUGCGAAAUAUGAUUCAAAGUUUGUACAGUGUUGCUUUAGUGUUCAUGCACAUGUUCAUGCAGCUGUCUACGGUUUCACAUCGUAAAUGAAAAAGGCAUGUUAUGAGGAUGUAUAUGUAUGUCCUCACUUUGCUUCAUGUCCUCAGUUGCAGUCAAGUAAGCAGAUUGAAACAGUAUAAAGAAAACAAGCCAUAAGGAGGACAAUGUCAAGUCCUCGGUGAAAACCAUUGACAGACUUGCAUGUUGGAUGCAUUUAUUUACUAGCUCUUUGGUUGUGUGAAGGGAUGAUCUUGAGUUAGAUUCCAAUUCAUACAUGUAUACUCUUAACUCUGCGGUUGGUUUGCUUUCAAGCUUGGUUCUGCUCGCCGGUAAUACUCAAACCUCUUCAAAAUGCUGCUAGGAUUCAUUUUUGAAAUAUUGUUGCCUGCUGAAUGAUUCAUUUAUGCAGCAUUUGACUUCAGAAAAAUAUCCAGAAAUUACUGAAAAUUCUGACUGUUUGAGAUUUCAAAAUUGAGGUUAUUAAAUUUCGAUUCCUCCUAAAGACUCCCCUAUAAAAGGCCCAGGCAAAUCUAGAUCCUUGAUUUUUAGUAAGUCAUUCUGAAUGGACUAAAUGGUUUGAGCUCACUUGCUGGGGAGCUUAACCUUGAAAGAAAUACUGAGUGGUUUGACAUUGUGUUUGGUAUCAACAUCCAUCCAUCAAAUUUGGGGUAUUCUUGUACUAGAUUACUUCAUUUCAUGAAGACCAUAUAAGUGGGCGUGGUUUCAGCUGCUAUGAUGCUACACUAACAAACUGGAUAGCUUGUCAAUUAGUAAGGGUUAUGUUCUGCAGCAUUAAGGACUCUUAUGUGUAGUUCUUUUGAGAAAGGAAUUAAACAUCUCAUUCAUUUUAGUAAACAAGAAAUCCUUUUAGGUCUAGCAACUUUCUGAAAUAAAUUUAGUGUAAACCUAAGCCUAAGGUACGUGUAACUAAGGUCUCACAUAAAAUGCACAAUGCUAUAGUCUCAAUAAUAUGCAAAUCUUGCAUCAGAAAGGAAGAGUUUGCUAAUUAAUUAACCAUGUGAACUUGGACAUUGUAUCUACUUUAAUGUGAGAACAGCACUUUUGAACAAGUAUUUAAUGAAGCAAGCAUUUCUAACCAUUGUGCAUGUUUACUUGUCUUUUAUGCUGAAGGUCUAGUUCUAAGAUGAGAUGUACAUGUGUGAAUAUAGCUGUAAACAGUUCAAUUCGACUGCGCAGUGAAUGGACAGUGAGUGCAUAUCUUGGUAAAUCAGCCCAUGUUUUAUAGAAAUGAUUCUCUGGAAUGCAGAGUAAAUAGAAGUAUGUUGAAAUUGUGCAAAUUAUUUAAGUGCAAUAGAUGUGAGGUUAGAACCAGUAUUUGAUAAUUUAGUAUUAAAUAAAUAUUUUAUUGAUAAAGAGACAAGAAGGUUUAAAAUGAUAGAUUACAACCGGUGACAUAGGACAUCAAAUGUAUCUUUGCAAAUUGUAGUACUUUAUUACAAGUCUGACGCAUGAACAAAAUAUCAAAUGUAAAGAAGAGCAAAAAGUAUAUCACCUGGCGUAAAAUUCAUAGUUCACUUUUGAGGAGAAAGUUUAACAAUCAGAAAUGCAGGCUAACAAUUGAGUCAAAGAUAUAUUUCUAAGGAAUAUUAUGAUAGACAUGAAUUUGGCCAAAAGAACACAAUUCAGGAAAUUAUUUAACAACUCCACCUCUCUCAUGUGUUGUUAAUUUCCCCACAUUCUCUUGCAGCCUCUCAUCAUCAGUAACUUCAAGACAUGGCCCAUCAAAAGCUGACUUGAUCAAACUGAUGUGAUCAGAUCAGAAAUGACAGACUUACAAAUCCAACAAAGACUUUUCAGUCUUCUCUAGUGAAAUCUAAUGUAAUACCUCUAAAUCAUGACUCCUUAGACUUUGUAAAUCAAUUUAUUGAGCAACAAUUUGAGAUCAAAUUCAUGAAGCUCAGAAGCAAAAAUGAUUUGCUAAGCAAACAAGCAGCCUGGAAUAUAUUACAAGCAAUAUAAUGACAAGGUAAUAGGGCUUGAAUUUUUUCCCGAUCUCUCAUUUGAAAGGUACAGGCACAAUAUUUGGGCCCACUUGUUUCACACACAUCUGAAUCUUAAUCAGUAAUCACAAAGCCUGUCUGUGCUAUCUACAGUUUACAUGUAUAUGUUCUGAACGCAUGUCUGGUGAACCAAUGUUGGAUCACUGAUUGCAGUCUAGAUCCGCAUGAAGCAAACAGGACCAUGAUUCUCUCUCACAUGAUUUAUUGUCAACAAUUUAAGACAUUUAAUAGAAUGGUCUUUCAUGUGUUACAUUUUAUUUGAAGUUAUGUAGAGUCGACUCUCGUAUUAUGACAAAAUGCUGUCGUUAAGAUAAUCCCAUUGUCUUAAAUUCUUAUUUUUCUUUGUUUUUUCCACUCCCCUUAUAACAAAGUCCUGGUCAUACCAAAGUAAUUUGUCUGGUCCCUGCAACUUUGUUAAAGCAAGAGUCGACUGUAUAGUAUUGGAAUACAGAUUUUCACAUCAAGAUACAUAUCCCAGCAUUUACUUAUCACAAUUAUCAAUGCACUGUUUUUCACUACUCCUAAUGGAAUGAUGAAGCUUUUCAAUGUGUAACUAAGAAAUAUGUAAAACUAGCAACUGCAGAUCCUUUCAAGACUACAACUUUGCUUCUUUGAAGACAAUACAGUACCAACUUGUAUUAAAAUACAGUACCAACUUGUAUCAAAAUACAGUACCAACUUGUAUCAAACCUUUUAUUUCCUUACCUUUUGUUCUUUAACAAUUGGAAUAUAUUUUGUUGUUUAUGAGGUGGAAUGUUUUGUUCGCCGACUUGAAUCAUUGUAUGACAUGGACAUUGGCAGCAAGGGAUUGCAGUAGUAGAUUGAAGGCAGCUCUACACAGACAACAUGGCAAAUAUACAUUGUGUCCUGGACUUCUGGAAGAUAACAGCAGGCCACUUAUUCUACUGACAAAAUAAUCAGCCCUUGAUUUUCUGUUAAAAAUUUCAUGCCAGUACUCUCAUCUUCAGACUGCUUACAUAAAAACUGCUCCGGGGCAGAAGAACAUUAUAUUUCUUCAAGCACAUGUAAGCUGGAAAUAUUUUAGCAAGAGAAUCUUAUUUAUUUAUUAAACAGGCCAAUCAAUAUAUUCAUUGCGUAAAAUUCUGAUAUUAAAAACCACCAAACAAAGCACAUAAACACAAAUAAACAACAUCCAAAAAUGACAGCACUGAUUUUAAAUUGACCAAUUUCCACCAAAAUGAUGUAAUGAAAGACUUUUUCCAAAAUGUACAUAAAAAAGAAUGUCUACUUCAGAAGUUGUAUAAUAAAAAAAUUGAAA